AUGCAUCUUGCUGAGUAUCUCUUUCGCCGAAUUCACGAGCUUGGAAUUCGAUCCAUCUUUGGCGUCCCCGGCGAUUAUAAUCUAGCCUCCCUUGACUACAUUGCUCCGUGUGGCCUCAGCUGGGUCGGAAAUGUGAAUGAACUCAACGGCGGCUAUGCUGCCGAUGGCUAUGCCCGCAUCAAAGGAAUAGGCGCAGUCAUGACCACACUAGGUGUUGGGGAGCUGUCAGCCAUCAAUGCCCUAGCGGGAUCAUGCGCCGAGCUUAUACCGGUCAUCCACAUUGUCGGAUAUCCCUCAACAGCUAUCCAGGAAAAGCGACUCCCGAUGCACCACACCCUGGGGGAUGGCGAAUUUGGGCGAUUUGCCAAAAUGAGUGCCGAAAUAUCGAGCGCGGUAGUCGUUCUGAAAGAACAGUCAGAUGCGACUAGACUCAUCGACGAGACAAUCCUCGAGUGCUGCCGGUCUAGCAAGCCUGUCUACAUUGGCUUCCCAGUGAAUCUUGUCAAGGCAGAGGUAGAUCCGUCUCCGCUUGAAUGUCCUCUGAGUCUCGAACAACCCAGCCCCGAUCCGAUGGGAGUUGAGGACUAUGCCGUGGACCUGAUUCUCGGCCGUAUUCGGGCAGCUCAGAAUCCGGUUGUCAUUCUUGACGGUCUGGCCGGAAAGCCACACAGCCUGAAUACAACGAGGCUAUUCGUGCAAAGCUCGGGAAUUCCUUGCUUUAUUACGCCAUUGGCCAAGGGCAUCAUCGACGAGACCUUGAUAAACUUUCGCGGUUUGUACUCAGGAAAACCUUCAGAACCUACCGUUUUUGAACAGAUCCAAUCCUCCGAUCUAAUCCUAGAGAUCGGACCGCGUCCAACCGAUUUCACCACAGCCGGUUUCCAGACCGAGAUGCCCCAUAUCGAGACCAUCAAAUUCGAACGCCACAGAAUCCAAAUGCAAUUCCAAGGGAUUCUGGGGGUCGGUAUGAAUGGUGUGCUCGAAAGACUCAGCAAUAUUCUUGAUCAAGGACAAUCAAGGUCAGUAUCCACGGCCUCCACGACCUCCACACCUCCCCGCAAUCUUAGCGGCACACCCGAUAUACACGGAACCGCCUCACCCUUGUCUAGCCCACCCAAAGAGAGUGCGAACGGCGAAGAGUUUAUGGAUUUCGAGGGUAACGUUGUCGACAAGUCUCAACCAUUAACCCAAGACUGGAUCUGGCCGCGAAUGGCUUCUUGGCUCCAAGAAGACGACAUCGUAUCCGCAGACAUCGGAACCGCUGCCUUUGGCUCAGUAUGGACUCGAUACCCGCGCGGAGCAGUUCCACUAGUGCAGUUCCUUUGGUCUUCGAUUGGAUAUGCCAUCGGCGCAGCAGUGGGAGCCGCCAUUGCCGCACGCGAAGACGAGAAAGAAUCUCAAGGCACUCGGCACCGACGUACCAUCCUCUUGACGGGCGACGGUAGCCUCCAAAUGACCGCACAAGAAGUGAGCACCAUGGUCCGCCGCAACUUAGGCGUUAUCAUGUUCGUUGUCUGCAACGAGGGCUACACGAUAGAACGGUUGAUUAAUGGCAUGGAUGAGGAGUAUAACGAUAUCCAACCUUGGGACUAUAAGCUUUUGCCGGCCGUUUUCCAGGCUGCUCCGAAUACUGCUCGCACUUAUGCUGUUCGGACUAGGGCUGAACUGAAUAUGCUGCUCGACGACCCAUCGUUUGGCCCCGCUAGUCAUUAUGAUGAGAACAAUCCUCCUCCCUUGCGUAUCGUUGAGUUGUACAUGGACAAGUACGAUGCGCCGGAAUGUUUGCAUGAAUUGGUUGACGAAAUUGCGAAGUCAAGGUGA